AUGACUGACAAAGAUGCUGUCAGUCAUCAUCUGCAAGGAACAAGCCAAACUCGGAAUACCUACUUGAGCCCGCCUUUGUGAAUUUUGAUAUUUUGUAAAGAACAAAUAAACUCCGUUUACCCUCGGUACACAAAUCCAGCACGAAUUAUGAAAAUCACAUUCUUCUUUGCGAUCAGCAUUCUUUUUACUGCUGUUCUAAGUGCCCCUCAACAAGAUGUCCAAAUAGUGGAGCUGGAAAAUGAUAACGACGGCACUGGCAACUACAAAUUUAGAUUUUCCCUUUCUGAUGGAACAAAGCAAGACGAAACUGGCCAGCUAAAGGACCUCCAGGGUGAAGAUGGUCCGGUACAAGCCGUCGUUAAAACUGGCUCUUACGAAUUCACAGAUCCUGAAGGCAAAUUGCAUAGAGUAACGUACACGGCCGACGAAAAUGGAUUCCAUCCUGUUGUAGAAAGUUAAGAUUCCUAUGAAUACGAUACUUAUGUAGUUAUCUCGAAGUGUAAAAUAAUUCUCCAUUCACACAUAAAUAUAUAAAAAUACCGGUUAUCAAACAUCAAAA